AUGCUUCAGCUCAGAGAUCAGUUACACUUCUUCCUUCGAUGCAGCAUUGGUGAUGGUAGUACUGCCUUGUUUUGGUAUGACUGUUGGACUGAGUUAGGUCCUUUAUGCCUUAUCUUUGGCUCUUCGGGGCCUCGGUCGUUAAGGAUUCCCCGCUCUGCGACGGUGUCACAGGCAGUACGCAAUGGGAACUGGAACAUCCCUCCCGCACGCUCGGAAACAGCGGUGACUCUCCAAAUUGUUCUAUCAACCAUGGCAGUCCCGUUAGAGGACAAUGGUCCAGAUUUUUAUUCUUGGAGAAAUCGCUCGGGUGGUUUCAGCAAAUCGUUCUCCUCCCGAGUCACUUGGGAAAGGAUCCGUAACCCAUCGCCACCGGUCCAUUGGCACUCGACCGUAUGGUUUAAAGAGGAGAUUCCACGAUGCUCCUUCAUCACCUGGACUGCCUUCCUUGGAAGGUUACCUACAAGAGACCGCUUAAUAUCCUGGGGAUUGGUUGUCCAGCCAGGUUGUGUUCUUUGUGCUAAUGCUGAUGAAUCUAUCAGUCAUUUAUUCUUUCAAUGUCCAUUUGCGGCUGCUACUUGGUCUCGUUUCUGUGGCAGGUACAUGGCGUCUUCGCCAGCAUCGCUCCAGGAAGUCUCCAGUCUGUGCCAACAGCUCCAGCAAUCCCCAACUCCGCGAGCUGUUCCCGUCUUGAAGCUCUUAAACCAAGUCAUCAUCUACUACCUUUGGUAUGAGCGUAAUGCCCGUAUCUUCAGAGGAGAGUCUUCGACUCAAGAGGCCUUCUUUAGAGUGGUGGAUCGUCGUAUGAGGGAUAGGCUUCUAUCUCUGUCUCUUCGGUCUAGCACUGCUCCGUCGCCUUCUUUGCUUGAGUUGUAUUUCUGCUUCAUCUCCCCCUAUAGUUAA